AUGGAGAUUGGAGGGGAUAAGAACACAAGGUUUUUCCAUCAUAGUGCAGCAAUUAGAGGGAGGAUAAACUACAUAAAAGCUAUCAAAGUUGAUGGUGAAGUUAUUGAAGACCCUAGUUUAGCUUUGGAGAAGCCUUUUUCUGAAGAGGAAGUUUGGGAAGCUAUUGCUCAUUCGGAUAUCAACAAAGCUCCGGGUCCGGAUGGUCUGAACUUAGGGUUUUUUAAGAAGUUCUGGGCUAAAUUGAAGGAUGAUAUGAUGAGGUUUUUUAGGAUUUCUAUGUGGGGAAGGAAGAGAGGGCUGAAGGGAGUAGUUUUCAAGGUGGAUUUUAUGAGAGCUUAUGAUUCGGUAGAUUGGAAGAUUUUGAUUCAAAUUAUGAGCAAAAUGGGGUUUGGUGAAAAGUGGAGGUCGUGGAUGUUCCAGUGCAUGUCAACUGCUGAGAUUUCGGUUUUGUUAAAUGGGUCUCCAACAGAGAAAUUUCAUAUUUCCAGAGGUCUGAGACAGGGUUGUUCGCUUUCACCUAUGCUUUUCAACUUGGCUACUGAGUUGCUGCAUUUACUGUUAACUAAAACAGUGGAUAUGGGAUUGUUUUCGGGGUUUGAUUUAGGACUGCAGGACCGAGCAUUCAAGCUGUCACACCUUCAAUUUGCGGAUGAUCUUAUAAUUUUCAAUAAAGGUUCCAUUCGUGAGUUGAGGAAUAUUAGAAGAGUGUUACUGAUUUAUGAACUUCUGGUGGGGCUGAAGUUAAAUCUAGGUAAAAGCAGGAUUUUUGGAAUCAAUGUUGAAGAAGGGGAGCUAACUAAUUGGGCUAAAGUUAUUGGUUGCUCGGUUGGAUAUCUUCCAUCUGAAUGUUUAGGUCUGCCUCUGGGGUUCAAGAGGAAUUCGGCUGUUAUGUGGGAUCCUAUAGUGGCGAGAUUUAAUGCUAAAUUGAGUGGUUGGAUAGCUAAUUCUCUGUCGAUAGCGGAAGAGUGGUUUUGGUCAAAUCGAAUCUCAGCUGCUGUGAUACUUAAACUUAACUCUAUCAUGGCUUCAUUUCUGUGGGGGGAUUCGAUUGACAAGAAAAAAAUCCAUUGGGUCAACUGGAAGUCGAAAGUGAUUUGUGACGCCUACAAUUUGGAUCCGAAGUCCAUUAUUUUGGAGAAUUCGGUGCCAGCUCGUGCAUCGUGGAUUUGGAAAGGUGUGGUGAAAAACUUCUUCAACAGUGAUGAUUUUGGAGAGUGUCUUAAAAGGAAUAUGUGUUUGAAGGCGGGGAAAGGGGAAGAUGUGCAGUUCUGGAAUGAUGUAUGGUUGGGUGAUGUUCCCCUGAAAUUGUUGUUUCCUAGACUUUAUGUUCUAUCAAUUAAUAAUCAGGGUUGUGUGGGGUCUGUGGUCCUCCUUGAAAAUGUGGAAUGUGUCAUUGGUGACUCCAAAGUGGCAGUGAUGUGGUCAGUAUGGAAGUGUAGAAAUGAGAUUAUCUUUCAGAAAGGAAAGCUGGAUUUGGUCAGAUUAUCUUUCAUUGUUAGAUUUAGAGUGGCUUCCUGGUUUAGUGCUCGUUUCAAGGAUGUGGGUAUUCCUCUAGAUUCUCUAGUAGGUGAUUUGAAAAUUGCUGAUUCGAUUGGUAUAUCAGGAAAGGAUUGCUCUCAACCUGCUUGCUGGGUUCCUCCACCGGAGGGUAGGGGGUGUCCUCCUAUCUUGGCAGAGAUGUUGGCUAUCAAAAGAGGGAUUUGUCUUAUGGAGGAGUUGGAUUUUGUCGCAAAUCAGAGAGUUAUCUUGGAAUCAGACUCAUCUAACGCUCUGAAGUGGAUCCAGAAUCCGGGUUUAAGCCCUCCUUUGCAUCUAUCCUUGGUGAAGGAUAUAGUUUCGCUUUUGAUUGGAAAGGAUAUUAUUUUUAGGCAUAUUUCAAGGGCGGCAAACUGGGAAGCUGAUAAACUUGCUAAAGAUGGGAUAGGGUGA